CACACUGUCCCGGAAAAUAUGGACGUAGUUAUUUAUUUAUGUAUUUGACAGGUGUUUUAAGACGUACGCAAGAAAUAUUUCACUUAUACGGCUGCGGCUAGCAAGAUUGUGGAAGGAAACGGUUGGAGGGGGAAGGGGUAACGGGGGUAAAAUGCGGCCAUUUGCUGGUAAUAUGGACGUACAGGAAGGUAUGCAGUACUAGCCCGCACUUUGACGUGUCUGACAGGUUUACAUUAAGCAUAGAUACAUCUAGACUACACAUACCGUUACAACAGGGAGAGCUCAUCAACUUCCAGUUGGCAAAUACUACGCCUUACCGGUAUAGGUUACCCCAGCUGUUCAGGGGAGAGAAAAAGACAGUUUCCUCGUUUUCGUUGGUUUCCAACAAGUUGUUUUCAGUGACUAUGAUAUUUGUCUCCCUCUCUCUGCCUGCUCAUUUGUACCACAUUUGCUCUCACAGGCUCCAGCCUGGAAACUUCUGCCUUAGCGUCAAUGCACUGUAUAAAAUAAACAAUACCGCAUUCCAGACCUUUGCACAGGUCAGACGAACUUCUUACCAAGUAGGUCAGACUGUUACGUCCUUUUUGAUUGUUAAAGGUUGGUGAAGUUGUAACCAUGUCCGCUGCCGGAGUAAGUGAAAGCACUGUGUUGCCUUCAAAUUUAGGGGGCGGACCUCACGGAUUAGGCGACCCAGAUGACAAAUCCCUGAGGAAAGUAGAAAGAGAAAUUCUUAUCCCACAGAAAAUGAAAGAAAAGGCAAGAAAAUAUAAAUGUGCCACAGAGGUCAAAGAGUUUGGGGACUGUGCCAAGGAGAAAGGUUUACUCAUGCCCUUUAUGUGUCGAUCUCUUGCCAAAUCUCUGGAACUAUGUUUGUCUAAAUGGUAUAAAGAUGAAGAUUUUAUUAAGGAAUGUCGGGAAGAGUACUUGGAGGAGCGCACGUUUUAUAGACAGACAGGGAUCCGGCAGAAACAGAGGAAGAAAGAAUCGUCAACAUUCUGACGGCCCAGAUGCACAUUUAUACAGGACAGUCUUCAGAUCUGGAACUGUUUUUAUCCCUUGGACUGGCCCUGUAUGCACUAUGGACAUUCGGUGUAGUCUGGAAAUCUGGAGUGAGUUUGCAGCACAUGCAGUGUAUAUACAGAAUGCAGGUGCAAUCCUCACCUCAGUGUAGGUGUAUGUACUGAAGACAGAUCAUAGUCCACUGUAAUCUAGGUGUUCAGCUUUGUCAUCAGGACUGUCAGGUAUGUCAUCAGGACUACCAGGUAUGUCAUCAGGCCUAUUUCACAGAGACACAGUUUUUGUGUAUCCCCUGGAUGUUGUGAAAGAAAUAUUGAUUUAAAUUUUUCGUCUUUUAUUCAGUGUUAAAAUUGAUGAAGUGUAUGUGUGGAACAUAUUAGGUGGAGAUGAUUAUAUUGGGCACAGAUGGCUG